AUGUCAAAUGUCGGCUUAGAAUCACGGGUCUGUACUCCAAAGAAGUACUCCGAAAACCCCGGCAAAUCAACGAACACGCAUGUAAAUACGCAUGACAACGCAACGGCGACUGCCUCUUUUGUGAGGUAUUCCGUUCUGAAUCUUACCGCUGUAUCCCAAAGUAAUACUUCUGCAAAGAAGUAUGCUGGUGUGGGCGAAUUCAAGCCGUUCCGUCUUGAGAUGAUGGCCGAAGAUCCUUCUGAUCGACCGACCAAGAAGGAAGUGCUCAGGAAAUUUGGUCCUUGGGCCGAAGGAUCAGAUAUAGAUGCGUAG